AUGCGUCAAUCACAGGCAUUUCUGCCUUGGUCGGUGUUGCUGGCUUCGCUGGGGGCAGUCCAGGCAAGGCUCGACUUGAGCUCGGGCAGCAACGUUGUGGUCUACUGGGGUCAAAACUCGCUUCAGGGAAAGGGUGGUGAGGUCCAGCAGUCACUGGAACAUUACUGCGAAAAUGAUGACAUUGAUGUCAUUCCUAUCGCAUUCGACAUGAUGGUCAAUGGACCUGGAGGUGCUCCAGAGAUCGACUUCUCUGUCACUAGCCAGGACUGUGAUGUGUUCCCGGGCACACAGUUGAAGAAUUGCCCCAAGAUUGGCCAGGACAUCCAAACGUGCCAGGACAAAGGAAAGACAAUUCUCUUGUCCAUUGGUGGCGCAACUUACAGCGAAGGGGGUUUCAAGUCGGAGGCGGAUGCCAAAGACGGUGCAAAGCUCAUCUGGGAAACCUUUGGACCAGAACAAGCUGACUCCAAGGCUUUGCGACCAUUUGGCAAAACCAGUCUAGAUGGAUUCGACUUUGACUUUGAAGCCAGUGUCCAAAACAUGGCUCCCUUUGCUAACGAGUUGCGAUCACUGAUGGAUACAGACAAGAGCAAGCAGUACUUCCUUACGGCAGCCCCGCAAUGCCCAUACCCCGAUGCAGCCGACAAAGAUAUCCUGAACGGCCCUGUCUUCAUUGAUGCUGUCUGGGUCCAGUUUUACAACAACUUCUGUGGCGUGAACAACUUCGACACCAACUCGGCAAACUCCAAGUACAACUUUGAAGAAUGGGAUAAUUGGGCCAAGACGGUGUCAAAGAACAAGAACGUAAAGGUAAUGAUCGGUGUUCCAGCCGAUACGACAGCCGCCAGCACUGGAUAUGUGCCCGUCGACAAAGUGGCCGAUGUGAUCGAGUAUACGAAGAAGUUCGAGAGCUUUGGAGGUGUAAUGAUGUGGGAUACAUCUCAGGCAUAUGCGAACCAGGGGUUCAUUGAUGGUGUGCGCAAGGCACUUGGUGGUCCGAAUUCCGGUUCGUCGUCGUCGUCCACCUCGGCGUCGACUACGGCGUCUGCACCAACCUCAACUAACUCACCGAAUACCUCGCUAUCUUCCAAUGCACCCGGAUCCUCGUCCUCUUCUUCCUCCUCCUCUGGAUCUGGCUCCUCAUCCAGUGGUCAUGAGGACCCGGCACCCACCCCCGCUCCUACCACCACUACCACCAAGCCAGCCGACAACCCGAAGCCUACCGAGACCACUACGAAGGCUGCGCCUGCGCCUACUACCGCCAAGCCCGCUGACCAGCCAACUGCCACGACCAAGACGGAGGCUGCGCCCAAGCCGACUACCACUUCCAAGUCCGAGGCCGUUGCCCCCAAGCCAACUACAACGACUACGAAGCCUGCGCCCGCUGCGCAGCCAACAACCACCGAGGCCGCCCCUGUGCCGACUAAGAAGCCAACUACUACUGAGCCUGCGCCUGCUCCCAAAUCGACUACGACUACCCGACCCUCUGUCAUUGAUGACGAUGAUUUCUCCGAUCCUGAUCUUAGCCCCAUGGACGAUUCAAGCGAUGAUGAUGAUAUCGAUAAUUCGCCCAAGAGCAGCGCAAUUAAGAAUGGCGCAUCCAAGAGCAGCAGCAGUGCGAUCAAGGAUAGCGCGACAAAAGAUACUACACCAAAGAACGAGCUUAUUGGCUCAGAUCUCUUCGGUCUCCUGAAGGGUCUGAAACAGGCCAACGGCGUCGUCCAGGGCCUCACCAACGGCCUGACCAAAGGCCUGACUAAGAACCUUCGCCGUGCGAAGCGCAUUGGAUACAACUAA